AUGCAACGUUUGCACAUGCGGGAAUUAACGCGGAUUGUUCUAUUAAUUGUUUGCAAUGGUUCAUGCUUUGCGGCACGAUAUUCUCGAACUACCGAAUCGAGAAGGCAACAGCGCAUCGAACAAAAGGCUCGUCUUCCGGUCGACAUGCAUUUGCCGCUGAUUCCGAUCGAUCAACAAACCACCGCUUUGAUGAUUACCUAUCUGGUUUGUAUCAUCAUCCUUAUUGCAGCAUUCACGCUCAUUAUUGUGUUUGACAAAAGUGCACUGUACGCAAUUCGACGAGUGUGCUGCUUCUGUUUUUGCUGUUUAUAUGGUUGUGGUCGAUUCUGGAAUAAACGACUUGAUGGUGACUUGGAAUGCGAAGAAGAUGAUAGUAUGGAUGAACUCUGUUGCUUUAAGGUAUCCGAAUCGGUUCGAAAACGACGUCCUGUCACCUUGAUGGAAUACCAUCGCCUCAAACAUGCUGAAGGAUAUGGAUCGAGAGACACUGACGAGGGCACAGGAAGAUAUUCCACAAAUCGUUCCAAAUUAUUCACCGAAUACACCUUGCCUCCAUUGUCCACGGCAAGGAAUUACAAACAACGAGAGACAGUUCUUAAACUGCGUUUGGAAUUCCUGGCUGAUUUAGCAGCAUUUAUGAGUGCACGUUCCAUGCAACAGGCCAUGAGUGAAGACAGUUCGUCCAGCGAGGAAUCUGCACCAUCACAUGGUACACACUCAUCCGGCACAGAUUUCGCGGAUAGUCAUGAGGACAUAGGUACAGCACACCGGGAUGUUGAAGCCUAG